AUGGCAUUUAGGUCCUCCAUCCUGAGCGAGGUGUCCACCCGCUCCCGGUCCAAGCUGCCCUCGGGCAAAAACAUCCUUGUCUUUGGUGAUGACGGUUCAGGUAAAACAACACUUAUGACUAAAAUACAAGGAGCGGAACAUGGCAAGAAAGGAAGAGGGCUGGAAUACCUAUACCUAAAUAUUCACGAUGAAGACAGAGAUGAUCACACCCGCUGUAACGUCUGGAUUCUGGAUGGUGACUUGUACCAUAAAGGGCUUUUGAAGUUUGCUGUUUCUGCAGACUCUUUACAGGACACCAUCGUAGUUUUUGUGGUUGACAUGUCUAGACCUUGGACUGUAAUGGAAUCUUUACAAAAAUGGGCCAGUGUUUUACGUGAGCAUAUUGAUAAGAUGAAAAUUCCCCCAGAAGAGAUGAGAGACAUGGAACAAAAAUUUAUAAAGGAGUUCCAGGAGUAUGUGGAACCUGAAGAAGGCUACCAGGGAUCACCACAGAGAAGAGGUCCUUCAUCUGGUCAAGAUGAUGAAAAUGUUACUCUGCCACUUGGAGAAAAUGUCCUGACUCACAACCUUGGUAUUCCUGUGCUGGUGGUUUGCACAAAGUGUGAUGCAGUGAGCGUGCUUGAAAAGGAACAUGACUACAGAGAAGAACACUUUGACUUCAUUCAGUCACACAUUCGUAGAUUCUGCUUACAGUAUGGUGCUGCCUUGAUUUAUACAUCAGUUAAGGAAGAAAAGAACCUUGACUUGUUGUAUAAGUACAUUGUACAUAAAACGUAUGGCUUUCAGUUUACCACGCCUGCCUUAGUGGUAGAAAAGGAUGCAGUUUUUAUACCUGCUGGUUGGGACAACGAAAAGAAAAUUGCCAUUUUGCAUGAAAACUUCACAACAGUAAAACCAGAAGACACAUAUGAAGACUUUGUUGUAAAGCCUCCAGUAAGAAAGUUAGUCCAUGAUAAAGAGUUGGCAGCAGAAGAUGAACAAGUGUUUCUUAUGAAGCAGCAGUCUUACCUUGCCAAGCAGCCAGCUACACCUACAAGAGCAUCAGAAUCUCCUGCACGAGGACCUGCAGGAUCCCCAAGAACCCAAGGCAGAUCUGGCCCUGCCAACGUACCCAGUGCCUCGCCGAUAACAUCAGUUAAGAAACCAGAUCCAAAUAUUAAAAAUAAUGCUGCAAGUGAAGGCGUAUUGGCUAGCUUCUUUAACAGUCUGUUGAGUAAAAAGACUGGUUCUCCUGGGAGUCCUGGAGCUGGAGGAGGGCAAAGUACAGCCAAAAAAUCAGGACAAAAGACUGUUUUGACAAAUGUUCAAGAAGAACUGGAUAGAAUGACUCGCAAGCCAGACUCGAUGGUAACAGCAAACUCUUCACCAACAGAAAAUGAAGCUUGAUAGUGCUUAAAAAUGCAUAUGUAAAUGACCAAAUAACUAUGUAUAUUGAUCUGAUAAGACCAGGAGUUUUCUGCUGUGGCAGAUGCUAUCAGUUUUCUUGGGGCAGGGGAAAUGAACUUAAACUUCAUUGGCUUGUCCCAGUAUAAAGUGCACAUUCAGGAAGUUUGCAUAUAAAAUCCCUCUGUAUAAGAUAACCAUGUAGAGUUUAUAUAGGGCAAUUCUUUUGAUUUUGGAGGUUAGCAGGUGCAGCUGCAUUUCUUGUUAUGAAGAGCACAGAGAAGCAAAAUGCAGGAUUCCUAUUGAAAUACUACUACUGACUGCACAUGAAGCAAGAAAGACAAAUUCCUUUUUCAGAGUUACUGGAAUUGGCCAUUUGUAUGUUUACAAAUGCAUUUGUAUACUUGGAAAGGGGGUGAUGUAGCUGAGCAUUAUUAGAUGAGGAAAGAAACCAAGGUAGGAGAUGCAGCACAAAAAGGGGAAACAGAUUUGGCUCAGUGCGGGGGGGAAAAAAGAAUGUUGGAUGGACUGGAGAGGAGCAAUGUUACUAAAUCCUGUGGUCGACGUAGGGACAGUAAUCACUGUUUUAAAAGGACUACUUUAAAUUAGACUUAUCAGCCAAACACUAAGCGUCAUGGGAAAUUAUCCUGGUUACAUAUUGUCUUUAGUUUUAGCAACAAAGAAAAAGUACAGAAUGUGGAUGCCCUUUUUUGGUGUAGCUGACAUGGGAGAAACUAUAACUUGCUUAGAUCCAAGUGCCUGGCACUGUGUGAUUCGUUCUUAGAAGGUGCUUGAACCUUAUUGUGCACUGUAGUACAAAUGGUCACUGUUCGGUUUUUAUUUUAAAAUCGAUAGUUUUGACAACUUAUUUAAUUUUAAAUCUUAUUUUCUGAUAGCUCCUGCCUUUUUUCUAAAAAUGCCAAGUGGCUAGCUUACUACAAGUGAUGGGUGUCGCAUCAUUUUACCAUACUGAAAAGUGCUACAGAAUACUCAAAAAUAUCUUUUUUUUUAUUUUUUAUUUUUUUUGUAACUUAAUAUUAGCUACCAAGCUGAAAUUGAUUCCCGCCUUACGCCUGGAAAGGUUGUCUUUCAAGGACCCUGUUUCCAACCACAUAGGCUGGAGUCUAUAGCCUGCUCCAGUUCUAACAAGAAACUGAAAUUAUGAAUGUGUACAUGGUGACUAGAACCAAUGAUUUUUGUUCUUUGUUUUUUCUUAAUGUAGCAUUUUCAUAUGGAAAGAUGGAUUGCAGUUGUCCCCUGUUGCUGUAAUGGAGUUGUGUCCAUGGGCACUUCAAACCAUCAUUCCGUAAAAAAAAACAAAAAAAAAAAAACCAACAACCCCCCCCCCCAUAUAUGGUUACUGAAAUGGCACUUUGAUUUUUAUAUAAGGUAUAUCUGUUUUACAUAUAAACACUACCAUAAGUUAAAAGUACCAAGCAUAUUCUGUGCUCUUAUUGCUGAAGGGAAAAAAACCACAAUUUGAAUUAUGCAGAGUUUACUUUUUAUGGAUAUAAACUUGUUGUACUAAAUCUGAUGUCUGGAUAUAACUUCCGUAAUAUAUAUUGUUACUUAAAUAUACAGAAUUAGAUUGACCACUAACAAUACUGGACAUAACUUCAAAUGCUGUUACAUCAAGAGGCUGUUUUUUUCCCUUGUUUUUGUGAGUUUGUCUAAAUGCUAUCUAGAAAACUAAGAGUAUUUACUUGCCUCUUUGACAAACAUUAACAUAAGCCUAUUACUUGUACCAGUUUUAUUUUUUAAUUAUUUUUUUUUACUUUUUUUAUACAAGGUUAGUUGCACAGUUGUUUAGAUUAACAAGUAAUCUGUGAGCCUGUGGGCUGCUGACAGGUUGUGUGGUGGUUCUGCCUGGUGUGUGGGAUGCCAGGUGCAUAUCACCGCACCAGCAGAAGUAAUUGCAUACUGUCCUUGGGCAUUGAGGUUUUAAAUUGGGGAAUAAAACAUCAAUGGUAAAACCAGAAAAUCUGAAGAAGUAUAUGUUCAUAAAGGCAUACAGUUGUGAUGAGAACCUUAGUACAAGACUACAAGACUAAUAUUUUGUCAUUUGAACCGAAAAGCACUUUCUAUACUAGUGUGGUUAAAAGUUAAGAUUUGAAGUAUUUUCCAUUUUCAUAAAAAAUUCUUUUAAGAUUUGAUCAAAGCCAGGAAAUGUAUUAUAUUUUGUCAGUUGUGUAAAAAGAGGCUUCUGACAAAAACAAGUUUGAUUUCCACUUUCUUACUGCAAGUGAAUGCUCCUAGUUUGUUGGAAGGAAGUUUGUAAGUAAUGUAAUGUCCAGUGGUUGCCAAAGUCUACCAACUUUGGAGAGCUGCACAUUUGUUUUUCUGGUGUUUUCAAGCGUUGGAACCAAAGGCCAAACUGCAAACAGCCUUCACGUUUUAAAGUAAAAUUUAAUUUUAUUUGCAGGAUACACUUGUAUGGUAGACUGUUAAAACUAUUAUAUGACUAUAUUUAUAUGCAUUAUAGUGAUUGCAUCUACUGUUCAUGUUUAAACUAAGAAAAUAAAAAAAACUAUUCAACUUGAAGAUAAGGCAGAUAUAAAGGUUAAGGAUUGGCCCUCCAUAAAAAUGCUAUGGUUAUGCUGCUUGAUUUUAAGUUUGCACUUUUUUAUUGGCGUUUUACAAACUGUGUUUAAACUGAACAGAAUUUGUCAUAUUUUAUUUUAUUUAACUAUGUUGAAAGUGACUGCUUUGUACAUCAUGAACUUAACAAUAUACAUGUUGUAAAUGAAAGUUCCCUGUCCUGUACACUAAGUUUAUUGAUAUUUUGGUUUUGGUUUUUGGUUUUCUUGGGUUGUUUUUUUUUUUUUAAACUUACAAUUAGGACUGCAGAUGUAUCGAACACAAACGUUAGUCCAACCGUAUGGCUUUAACCAGGUGCAGUAUGCGGUCAUGUGGAAUCUUGCUUUCUAGUGCUGGCGAAAAUGAGGACGUCUUUAAUUAUUGGCUUCAAUAAACACGAAUCCAGACUGCU